AUCCCAAUUGGAGACUAGCCUGGACUGCAGAGUGAAUGCUGUCUCCAUUUUUGAAGAAUUUCUCCAAGUUGGGUUUUCCUUUAGACUAUUUAUCUGAUACCUAGCAUUGCUACUUAAGUACUGUGUUCUCUUUUCCAUCUAAUGGUAGGAGGGAGUAACUGUGGAAUAUGGAAAGGUGACAAGCAGCAAGUGCUUGCCCCGGCACCAGCACAUGGACAGAGCACAUUGCCGUUAAUCUGCUUUUUCAGGGGGUCAUCAUCUUCCUGAGUCUCCUUAAAUAUUUAAUGUAGCAUAUGGUUUCUAAGCACACUUCAAUACAUAGAAAAGGCUACUUAAACAUUCUGAAAAGAUGGACAGAUGCCCCCCUGGACGUACAAAUGUGGAAGGACCUCCAGGAAGAACAACGAGUCCCUGCUGAGGAUAGCCGAUAAAUCAGCAUAUAGACUUCUGAAGUCUGGGGAAAUUCCUUUCUGUGGUACUUGAAUUCACUUCAGAUUCUGUUUGGAUAUACUUCUUCCUAAGUGAUGUGAAGGAGCUCAGGAAUCAGUGAACUGGUGUUCCCACCGGUGACCUUCGCCCAGCUGCUCCCUUGCUGUGAGUAGAUGUCCACUCUGCAAGUGAGGUGACCAGAUGGAGCUGGUCUCCAAGUGCCCUCUGGUUGAUCUUGUCUGACUCUGGGAUUUGGGACUGAGAAACCUGAAGAGAGGUGUUUGGGGUUUUGUUCUUUUUUUGGGGGUGCUGCACUGGUCAUAGUUGUAAAUAAUUUUCAGAUUCUUAUGGCUUCUAUGUGAAAUUUAUCCGUGUCUUUCCCGACAUGGUUCACCCUGAUGAACGAUAGGCCACAGGUAACACCAUCGUGGUAAGUAGGCCUUGACUCUAUGUUUAUUUUUAAAUGUCAUUGCUUUUAUUUGAGUGUAUUUUGUAAUGAAGUAAUUUGGCUGAGUAGUGUAUCUCAGGGAUGGGAUGGCACUGCAGACAGGUGGACUUACGUAUGCAGGCCUUAUGGAGUGCACAGUAGCGAUGAGCAAACUAUUUUCUAGUAUUCUACCUGCUUCCUGGAAAAGAAAAGGGAGGUGGAAAGGAAAGAAAGGAAAGCAGGUUGACUUGGCUUUAAGGAAUCAUACAUAGAAGAUACUGGUGUGUUAAAGAUCCUUUCCUGAAAGUGGGGCCCAAGAUGGCCGCUCUCCGCUACCGUCGUUUCCUUAAGCUCUGUGAGAAAUGGCCAGUGGAUGAGACCAAACGGGGCUGGGACUUGGGCGCUUACCUGCAGAAGCGGGUAGCACAGGCCUUUCGGGAGGGAGAGAACACCCAGGGGACAGAACCCAAGGCCUGCGAUCAGAUGUACGAAAGCUUAGCACCACUGCAUUCAAACUACUAUAAACACAAGUACCCUCGCCCCAGAGACACCAGCUUCAGUGGUCUGUCCGUGAAAGAAUACAAGCUGAUCCUGUCCACAGACACCCUGGAAGGAUUUCAGGAGAUGGAUAAGAGCGUGUGAUAAGGUGAUAAGACACCCUGGAAGAAACUUCAGGAGAAGUUUGCACCCAUGAGGCCAGAGGAGAAGCAUAAAGCCUGGGUUCGGGUCUUGUCCCGCCCAUGUACCUGAGCCUCGUCAAUAAAGCUGCCCAGUUUCUCAAAAAAAAA